UACCAAACAUAACAACAAAGUGAUGAUAGAUAAUAACAAAUAUCCAUAAUUAAAUUAAUUCGUUUACUUUUUUUAGGAUAAUAACAAAUAGUUUCUUAGCUAAGUAAGUAGUUUCCACGAUCCAUUGUGGUGAGGUGACUCUGAAUAUUCAAUCAAACACACUAGCAUAGCAUCUUGUUCUGAAAUCUGAAUAAUAGAAAAGUUUCAUUUGGAAGAGUAAAAAUGAAUGGAAUUGGAAAUGGAAGAUUUAGUAACAUAGAGAUGGAGUAUAUAAGAAGACAUCACCGGCACCAGCCUGGACAUAAUCAGUGUGCUUCUGCUCUUGUUAAGCAUAUUAGAGCACCGGUUCCUCAGGUAUGGUCUUUGGUAAGAAGGUUCGAUCAGCCGCAAAAGUACAAACCAUUUGUAAGCAGAUGUGUUGUAAGGGGAAACCUUGAGAUUGGAAGUCUAAGAGAAGUUGAUGUUAAGUCAGGUCUUCCUGCUACCACAAGUACAGAAAGAUUAGAGCUCCUUGAUGACAAUGAGCAUGUUCUCAGCAUCAGGAUUAUUGGUGGCGAUCAUAGACUUACGAACUACUCAUCUGUGAUGUCUCUCCACCCAGAAAUUAUUGACGGAAGGCCAGGUACACUAGUAAUUGAAUCUUUUGUGGUCGAUAUACCUGAAGGGAACACUAAGGACGAUACAUGCUACUUCGUUGAAGCUGUUAUCAAGUGCAAUCUCAAAUCACUUGCCGAUGUCUCAGAAGGACUUGCUUUGCAAGACCGCACAGAACCAAUUGAUCGGGUAUAGGACUUUUAAUACGAAGUUGCUUCCAAGGACAUAUAGCUGCCACGGAUGAAGCUUCAGCGGUUUUCCUCUCGGAGGCUUAGGAGACGGACUGGCAAUUUGUACUGAGUGAUAUGAUUCCAUUUUCUCUAUUGAUUAUCCUUUGUUAUAUAUGACUCUCUUUUCUGUAGUAAAAGAACAACAGUAUUUGAGAUGUGAUUGGAUUCAUCCAGUGCAGUAACAAGUGAUGAUAGAUCAGAUGCUUCUUGAAGAUGUCUUAAGGUUUUUUGUUUUCUUGGCAUGUUAUUUGUUGUAUAUGUAUAUAGGUGGUGGUUAAACAUGGUUUGUAGAUUUGUUUUGAUUGGUCCAUUGAAGUUUCUAUUUGUGGUAGCUGAGGUUAAUUCUUGCAAGAGUUUUAUAGCUACUUUGAGUUUUUGUGUUUCCUUUGUACAUAAUUUAGUUCCUUUUUUUUCUUCAUA